AAGGGGGAGCCUGGAACUAUCAGUUGUUCAGGACUCAUUUUGCUUGUUUAAUAACUGUAUUUACAUCUAUUUCAAAGUUGAGGUGAGGUGCUCUGGCUUGCUUACUAAAAGACAAAGUACUCAUAUUUGCUAACCCAUUUAAGAAGGUCGAGAAUCUGCAUGACUCAUCGGUCCAUGAGAUACCGGUAGUGAAGUGAAGUAUGAUAAGUGGUCUUGGUUGGUUUGUUGGACGAUUGUGAGCGGCUUGUGGCGAUAAGGUAGGUAGUUUGUCUUAAAAUGUCUGAUAUAUGCCUUGUUUAUUUGUUUAUUUGUUUAUUUAUUUGUUCCUGUUGUUGUACCGUACAGUGCUACUUGGGCCCAUGGGUCACAUCUGGGAUUUGGGGGGGUUUUUUUUUUUAAUGUUUUUCUUUGCGGGUCGUGAGGGGGUAAUACCGGUACUAUGAUUACGGUUUUCUUUGUUUUUUUUGUGAUUUGUGGGCUUACUGAUAGCGAUGAUUUUGCACCCUUCUCCUCUUUGAAAACCUCGUUUCUGUAGGGUUAAAGCCGAGAGGGAAUUUUUACUUCCGUGGAUGUACUGUAUCUUGCCUUUCAGCGACCGAGUUUUUUUUUUUUCCUUGUCGAUUCUUUGGUGAUUAUGAUUGGCUAAAGCGAGGGUUGGAAAUCGUUACAGUGGUAUCAUACACGGAUGGGAGGGUUGAAUUUAUCUGUUGAGCAGAGUGACUGAACGCCCGGCGACGACCUGAAGAAAUCGUGGGUAAGUGUAGGUAACAGUGCUCGAGUAUUGGAGGAUCUUCAUGAGUGAAGAUUUUGGACAUCAGAGGAAAUUUUGAAAGUGCAUACGAUUAGUUUCUGACUUGAACUAUCCCCCCCCGCUGGCAUAUUUUGCGGCCUAAUUUAUCCGAUAAGGAUGGUUCGGGUUUCCCUUUUCGGGAUGAGAUGUACGAGUACGGUAUUAGCCGGCAGCUUGUUGUUGUUGCCUAUUCUCUUGGCAUGGAGGUGAUAGGCUAGCCUUCUCUUGACUGAUAAUAGUGUGACACCGGGUCGAUCCCCGCUUUUGCUCUGAUGGAAGGGGAUGUGGAAUCCGUCGACCUCCUUCACCGCUAUUCUCCUCUCACCCCCUCACUGCUGGGGCUUUAUCCUCCAUGGAUACAUUCCCUACGGGGCAUGGAGGAUCAAGCUCCAGUGGUGAUCCUCACUGGUAUGGCUUAUCGAACACCCCUACCGGCCAUAGCAUCACCAAUAGUAUUCGUGGCGACUCGAAUACGAAUGUUGGGAGUGUGUCAAACAGUUACGGUAGCACCUCUAACAUGGGAGUGGACGAGGAGUCUUUACCGGUCCGAGCACCACUCGAACCCCAUAGAAGGCAUCGGGAUGGCUCGGUGAAUCCUACUUUGCUAGGUUAUGGAGUUCAGGGGGUUGGCAAGACCUAUAUAAGGUAUGAUACAGGAGUAAUUCUCGAUAGAUAGACCGCAGGCGAUGCUGACGAACAAGAAAAAUAAGUUCAUUAGUGAUAGACACCCUACGCGGGCGAGCCCGUGGACGGGGUAUGGCUGUAUUAUCUCUCUACUGCGAUUACCAGGCACGGAAGGAGCAGUCGCCGGUAAAUAUGAUAGGGGACCUAAUCGAGCGAGUUGCUUUGAGAGCAGUAGGCGAAUUGCGGCGCCAGGACCCACCCGAGUUUCUUCGCGCGUUACGACAGAUUAUUCAAGAUGCACCGAAUACGCGGCUAUUUCUUACAGGGAGGCCCGAUAUUCGGAGGGAGCUUGACAGGCAUCUCACGAAUGGGGCCUAUAUCGUACACAUUGUGGCCGACCAAGGAGAUACCGCGAGACACGUGGGUCAGGGAAUUGACGACGAGUUUGAUUACACGAGUUCUGGAAAAUGAUAUCAUUACAAUCUUGGAAAAGGUUUCGGAGAUGUAAGUAGGGACGACUCUGUUACAAAUAUGGAUGGAUCAUUGAUACUCUGCGAAGGUUUCCGUUCGUUGCACUGGAUAUUGAGGCAAUCUUUGGCAGGGAGAAAGGAAAUGUUGCAAAAGGUGGACCUCGAUAGUGCAUACGCCCAAACACUGCAGCGAAUAAGGGACCAAGAGGGACCGGUCAAGGCUUGGGAUGGAGGCGCUGAUGUGGGUAUCCCACUCGGAGCGGCCGCUACGCAUUGACGAACUCUGUCACACCCUGGCAGUAGACCUGGAGUCGACGGAUCUGGACCCUGAGAACACCCGCCCGCGGGAUGCAGCCCUAGUGUCGUGUUUAGGGCUUGUUGUGGUUGAUAAGGAGACAUCAAUAGUGCGCCUAAUCCACUACACGCUUCAAGAAUACCUACCCCGACGAGACGCUUGCACAGGCAUGCUUGAUCUAUCUGAAUUAUGAGCAGGCUAAGGGGCUUCCGGCCAAUAGCAUCCCUAACCUGCGACACAUACCAUCUCUCGAAUAUUCUUCCUUCUAUUGGGGAAACCACGCAAGAGCAGAACUCUAAGAUUAUGCGAAAUCACCUGCGCUAGAGCUUCUAGCCCGGUAGAGGGUGAUAUCCAUAUAUCUGCUACCUUACUUUUCAACCAAGGAAUGACUGGUCAUUCUCCUCCUCCUACCCACCGCCUAUUUGGUGGUUUUCACAGCGAAUCGUGCUUUGGGAUCGUUGGGGUUGUGGCUGCUUUGAUAGAGGUGCAAUGCUGUGAUAUUGGUUGAAGAGAUUGUAUGGGUUGUACACCGCUUAUGUGGGCUGCCCGGCGAGGGCAUGAAGGUGCGGUGGGGCUGUUGCCCACGGGAUGAUGCCAACCCCGACCAGCAAGACAAUGAUGGCCGAACGCCACCCUGGUGGGCUUCCCGGGGCGGACAUGGUGGGGUGGUUAGAUUACCUUUUGAUUCAACUUGGCGUGUCGUUAACCUCUCGCCCUCGUUCUCGACCCCCCCCCCUCGUUUACGGUUGUUCAUAAAUCUUAAUUUCGGAAGCCAAUUUUAGCUAGUGGUUGCUUAGAGGAGAUCUCUUUUGUGUGUACACUUGUUCCCCUCUGAGUUUUGAUACGCGAUUUCUUCUUGUGCUACAGUAGUAUAUGUGAAUACCUAGCCUCUAGUUAUCUAGUUUUAUGUGUGGUGCAAAUUGUGGGGGAGGAGGCGGGUACUGUUUUUUUCUCGUGGGGGGUUCGACAUUAUAGCUCGAUUUCUCGCUACGCCACACCCUACCUGUUUUUUCCCCCGUUUUCUACCUUUCUCCUUGUUUUGUUUCUCCUGCGGACUGCCGAAAUUACUGGAGGUUGUUUUAAUGGAAAUAUUAAUCCGGCUAUAAGUGCCCCUGACACAAUUGCACAUAGUAAGCCGAAUAUUUGCACGUAGUGCGGAGACCAAUUCAUCACCUCGGAGAAUUCGUAUCGGGAGUAGCAUCACCACUGUCGGUUUAUUAUUGUGUGCUUGAACGAUGCUUGUGGGA